AUGGAUGCUGCCACCCUUGUCGACCAGCUUGAGGCUGUCCUUGCAAAGCCAGAGACCCUCUCUGGCCUUGACAAUGAUGUGACAAAGCGAAGACUUUCUGAGGCUGCUUUCCGCCUCAACCUGGCUCUUGAGGCCGGUGGUGAUACAAUCCACAGACUUACCAAUGCACCCCUCGAGCUGGCUCUCUCUCGCGUUGGUGUCCAAACCGGACUGUGGACUGCCCUCACCAAGGAGAAUGCCCUUCUGCCAUUAACCAAUUCUCAACUUGCGAAAGAGACCAAGAUUGAUCCUGUUCUUCUCAAGCGUCUGCUUCGUUACUACCAGUCAAAGGGCAUGGUCGCUCAGACUGGUGAGGAUGCCUUUGCCCCCAGCAACAUCACAAAGGCUUUGGCUAGCGUCGGCGGCUCUUCUGGUAUCAACUACUUGUAG